GCGGCGGCGGCGGCGCUCCCGGGGUCCGGCAGCCAUUUCAUCUCCUCCCGGACCCGCUUGUCCCGGACCAGCGCCAAGGCGGCGGCAGCGGCGGCGGCUGCGGCAGCCGGGCAGGAUGCGGACUCGGCCCGGGUUGCAGUUCGUGUGGCGCACACAAGCGGGCAGAAGGGGACUUGCGCCUAACCAUCACAGCAGGUUGACAGCUGGUGGCAUGUACUGACAACGCAGCAGCUGCCAUGAAUAUCUUGUUGCUUCUGUGGUAUUUGUCUGGAGUUCUGGCCACCACACGCACGUUGGACUACUUUUCAGACAUUGCAACACAUGAUCAGAGACAGAUGUGCGGUACCCAGUAAUGACUUUGUGCAUGUGCUCACAUUAGUGUUGCGGGAAACGUUGCAGCACAGAAGUCUUCAGUCCGUUGAAUAAUGCCAUCCAAAGCCAAACGCUUGAAACAGAAGUCCACAAACAAGAGAUCAUAGUGGCGACAUGAAGACGUCCGCGCGAGCAGGACAUGGACACGAUCAUCUGUUCCAAAUCUGUUCCGAAUGGACACAAAACCAGCGGUGUGUGCCUAAGGGUACCCUUGGGCUGUAGAUCGAGGCCAGCAGCAGCGUCUGUGAGUAUGGAGGGAGACAGGAAUGGGGCGCUGUGGCAACCAGCUGAAGUACUGUUGCUGCUGCAGGCUACACGGGACCGGGAUCACUCGGCAAACGUUAUGCGAGGUGGCAGGUCAGGAAGCGCAGAAAGAUUCUCUCCCUGGUCUUGGGCAGAGAGGGUAUCACAGGACCGCCAUGCAGGUUCCAAGUUAAGUGGCACUCUCUGAGGAUGGAUUUCUUCGACAUGACGGACGCGUGGUGCACCCCCACCUGGCAGAUUGCCAGACUUCCUUGCCAUGAGGCAGAUUUGGUGUGCCCUGCAGGCGACCAAGACAGAGGGCGAGUGCCCCAAUGUACCAUGAUUCCUGAGUCGCGUGCACGAACCCCUUGCCCUCCGCGCCCCUACCCUAUUUCUGCAAUGACAGUGUUGACCUGGACAGUGCACGCUCUAUUUUCCUAAUAACAGAAGGCGCACUCGGACGUGGACGUGAGAAAGCAGACAAAGAGGAGCAGAUGGUGCUGGACAGGAGUUCAAUUGAGGUGGAGGGAAGCCUGCGUGAGGAUGACGAGCCUGUUGCAGAUUUCUCCCACCGGAGUUUGAAAACAAACAAUGGAGCUAGGCAAAGGGAAGCUACUGCGAACAGGCCUCAAUGCCUUAUGCCAGGCCAUCCAUCCUAUGCACGGCAUUGCGUGGACAGAUGGAAAGCAAGUGAUACUGACCUCUUUCUACCUACAUAACGGGGAGCCUGAAUUUGGCAGCUCAAAUGUGGUGGGUCAAUUUGAACACGUCCAUGGGCUUUACUGGGGGCCACUAUGCUCUGAAGAUGUCCCUGCGCUCCUCGCCAUUCAGCACAAAAAACACAUCACGAUGUGGCAGCUCUGCUACAGCGCUUCGGAAAGAAACAAGCUCAUGGUCUAUCAAAUCAGUGAAAUCGGCGAGCUGUUUCCUAUACUCCCCCAGGGCUGCCUGUGGCAUCCCAGGAGAGAAAUCCUGGCUGUUCUAACCACACGGGACGCUUUUGUCCUGCACACGGUUCGCCUCAACAAUUCCAGGGUAAAAGCAGACAUCAAAGGCACUGGGCUCAUCCACUGUGCUUGCUGGACCGAAGAAGGCAACCGCUUGGUGAUUGGAAUAGGCAGCGCCCUCCACUCCUACAUUUGGGACGACGAUCAGAAAACUUUGAACGCGUGCUCUUUUUGCCCAGUAUUUGAUGUAGGAGGCUACGUCUGCGCCGUUGAAGCUACUUUAACUUCUCAGGUGGCCGUUGCUACCGAACUUCCGCUAGACAAGAUAUGUAGCUUGAAUGCAGGGAUGUCCUUUGAAAUCCAAGCUGAUGCCGUGUCUAACUCCGUUCCUUCACAAACUACCUCACUGAGCUGUGAAGAAGAGUUCUCUUUGGACAAUGGGAAAAAGAUAGCAGACAAAGAACAGGCUGUGCCUGCUGGAACCGUCACAUCUUCUCCUGUAGAUCUAACUCACAUUCUUCCAAGCAAACCCCGAUCGGACAACACUGCUCUCAUUCAUCUAAGAGCAAAGGACUACCUAACAGGAAGUGGCCAAGACGCUUCGCACCUGAUCUUGGUGACUUUUGAAAAAAGGGUGACGGCUACCAGAAGAGUCAGCAUCCCGGGCAUCCUGGUCCCGGACAUCAUGACCUUUGACCACAAAAAUCAGGCAGUGGCUGUUGCGUCCAACACUUGUAAUGUAAUUUUGGUUUACUCAUUAACUUCAUCCCACUUACCCAACAUUCAACAAAUGCAGCUGGAGAAAAGCGAGAGGCCAAAGGGAUUGUGUUUCCUCACAGAGAAACUAUUACUGAUUCUGGUUGGGAAGCAGAAAUUAACAGAUCCCGCUUUCCUUCCGUCCUCACGAUCAGACAAGUACCUUCUCCGUUUGAUGAUCAAAGAAGUCGUAGGCAAAGAGGGUUCUGGCGCGCUUUCCAGCGCUGCCCCAGUUGGUUCUGUAAACCUGUCUGUGAAAAGAGAGGCCCUUGAAACUCAUUUGGACACUCACCCUCUGAGUGAUGGAUUGCUACUGCCAGGCUCCACAGUAAUUCACUCUCCCAGGAGUAAAAAAAACCUCAUUGAAGAAAUUAAGAGUCCUGCUAAUGAACAAAACCUGUUGAUGAGCGCACCUGAUUUAAAGGAGAAGAAUGCUUCCAAGGAUUUCCCCCAAAUCCUGGAAACUUUGGAUACAGAACCAACAAACCGUUCACUGGUUCUUCAGGGGAUUCAGGCAUCUUCAGGAACAGCCAACAUAUCUGCUUCUCCAAACAAGCAAGUGCAGAGAUCUCCCGAAACUUUAAAUCCCUCAAACGAUAACAUUUUGCGAAGCGGAAAAGAAGACGGUUACUUACCCAAAAAUCUCGAAAGACUGUGUAGCAGCUUCACAGAGUUGCAGCAUCAGCUUUAUGAACUAGCUGAGCUUCUGAAACCUGGGAAAAAAUCUCUGCCAGGGUACCCAUCUUCACGUGAACCUUCUUUCAUUAAUAUCACUUGCCAGAAGGAUUCCUCUGGAACCGUGACACUUGAAAAGCGAGCUGUUAUCCUCUGUGAUGGCAAACUCCGUCUCAACGUAGUUCAGCAGAUUUUCAACCUGUGUCUCGUUGAAAUGCAGCACGACUUGUCUUGGAUUGUUCUCACCGCAGACAGCGAGGGCUUUAUUCCACUGACCUUCAGCACGCUGCAGGAGAUAGUCGUCAGAGACGCUUGUGCCAACUCUCACCAAGAUAGCAUUCAUUCUUCCAAAUCACUGGACAUUGUCAACUCAGCCGGUAGCUACAGAAAGCUUUCCUCUCAAAGCCUGGAUCAGUCCACCAGUUCUUUGGAAGUACUGCGAGAACAUUCUUCCAGGAGUCUAGAGACCAGCAGUUCCACUGACCAAACCAGCCCUAAUUCAUAACUUGAACUAAAACUGUUCAUAUCUAGGACAAUUUGUUAGUUUGCCCUUCAGCUGCGUAUAAUUAAAACUGGAUGAGUUGUGCUUUCACAAGUGUAUGACAUUUGACCGGUUUCUAGAUCUUCUCAAGUAUUGUCAGAGUGUUCUAACACAUUUUGCAAUUUACUCCAAACUAGAGGAUUAUUUAAAAUAUUUAUUAGCCUGGCCUUUCUUCUGAGCAACUUAGCUGGUAAAGCGUUUAAAACACUCCCCUUCUAGAGUUCUUACACCAAGUUUGCAUGUUUUCUGCAGCUGAGAAAAAAAUUGCUUUUGGUUUGCUAAAACUUGCUUCAAACAAAUGUACAUUUCCAGAUUACAGGAGAACGCCACUAGAAAUGUUUUUUCUAUUAAUGAACACAUUUAAAUGUUAUUGCCAAAAUUGUAAGGUAUGGGGGGGGGGGGGGGUUUGCCCUUAGAAUUUAUCUCAGGAGAAGUCUCAGUGGAGACCACACUGAAAAUAGGACAUUAAUGUAGCUUUCAGUUAAUCUUGAGGACUGAGGCAUAUGUGUGAGGCAUAUGUUACAGGAAACUCUGCAACUGAAGGUUCUGCAUCAUUAUAUGAAUGUAACUUUUAUUUAUUAAAAUAUUUAUAUCCCUCA